AUAUAUAUUGCUCAUGCUGAUUUAUCUUGGUGUUGGUCUUGCCGUCACAACAAUGUGCAUCGAUCUGGUCGGGAUACAGUACAUUCAAAAAAUCCACUAUUUUGGCCGAAAAUUCCGCGGCACAGACAUAUUCCAAUUGCUCAGGAGGAAGCGCAUGAUAGAACGGCGUUUGGCUAUGGGUCAGGGUGAUGAGUUGCUUCAACUAUACCUCCGCCAACUUCAGCAAGCAAGGUCAGGUUUUGUUUGUAGCAGUGGGCGUUUUGCUAUCUCAAAGCUGCUUUUCAAAAUCCUUAAAAUAAUGAAUUCCGGUACAACUUCUCUGCUCAGAUAAUU